GUGAGGAGAAGUCCAUUUCCAAACUCAAAGACUGUUAUUGUGUAUAGAAGGUCAGACAUUGAGAAAAAAGCUGAAGAAAUCUGGGGGAGUAAAGAAAAACUGGAGAAAGAAAAACAAAAAAGAGAGAACAGGCAAAAAAUAGAUGCCAUAAGAGAUAAAAUAUUACAUAAAACGUUUGGAAGACUUAGACACAGAGAAAUUAAGCCUAAAGAAGAGCCAUUCAUUUUUGUGCCUGGCAAUGAACCUCAGAAUCCAAAGAAGAUAUUCCAGCAUGGUACUGGGCAGGUUGUCAUGUGGGCAGUCAGUAUAAAUGCUGGUAACUUUGUACUGAAGACAAUAGCAUGGUUGUACACAGGGUCUCACAGCAUGUUUGCUGAAGCUAUACAUUCUGCAGCAGACACCAUAAACCAGUUAAUUUUAGCAUAUGGAAUUAAAGAAUCUAUAAAAGAACCGGACAAGAUUCAUCCUUAUGGCUAUACCAACUUUCGAUAUGUAUCCUCCCUUAUAAGUGGUGUUGGAAUAUUCUGUAUAGGAGCAGGUCUGUCUUGGUAUCAUGGUAUCCAAGGUCUACUGCACCCUGGGCAACCAGAGUCAUUACAUUGGGGUCUAUUGUUGCUGGGUGGUACCAUGCUCACAGAGGGGGCUACCUUCAUCAUGGCAAUCAGUCAAUUACGCAAAGAUUCUAAAAUUCAGGGCAAAUCAUUUUGGCAAUAUGUCAGGAGAGGUGAGGACCCAUCAUCCAAUGUUGUCCUGUUAGAGGACUUUGCAGCAAUAUUGGGUGUGGGAAUAGCAGGCAGCUGCAUGGCAAUCUCCCACUUUACACUUAAUCCCAUCCCUGAUGCCAUAGGCUCUCUUAUGAUAGGCUGUGUAUUGGCCAGUGUGGCUGCAUUCAUUAUACAUACCAAUACAACUGCACUGGUUGGCAGGUCUAUACCAGUGGAUAAACAAAUCAGCAUCAGUGAUGAACUAGAAAGGGACAGGAUGAUAAGGGCCCUUCAUGAUGUCAAAGCCACUGAUAUGGGAGGCUCAUUUGUGCGCUUUAAAGCUGAGGUUGACUUUGAUGGUAAAGAAAUCACAAGGUCAUAUUUAAACAGCCAAGACUUGGAUGUCUUGCUAACGGAGAUUAUGAUGAUUCAGACCAAUGAGCAGGUAGAAGCUUUCAUGCUCCUACACGGUGAGAAUGUCAUUGAUAUGUUAGGCUCAGAGAUAGACCGUAUAGAGAGAAAUAUGAAGAAAAAACACCCAGAAGUAAGGCAUGUGGAUUUGGAAGUAUUGUAAUCCCACAAUUGUAUCCUUCAAUGCUCAUCACUGAUUGGAUAAAAACUGGUUUUUUUGUUAAAAACUGAUUGCUGAUUGGACAAAGAUUGGUACAACUUGUCCAGAGAUCUUAUAAUGUCUGCAUAAUAUCCACUCAUUCAGCAGGACAAAAUGUGUUCGU